UUGUUACAAGAGUGUUCAUUUUUUCUCACACACAUUCUUCCGUUUUUGUGCAGGCACCGUCGGAUUGUUCAGUACAAAACUGCCUAUUACUCAUUUUAUCUUCCUGUAGCCUGUGCACUUCUUAUGUCCGGUGAGAAUUUGGACAAUCACGUUGAUGUAAAGAAUGUACUCGUCGAAAUGGGAACUUAUUUUCAAGUUCAGGAUGAUUAUCUUGAUUGUUUUGGGGAUCCUGAGGUGAUUGGUAAGAUUGGAACAGAUAUUGAAGAUUUCAAAUGCUCUUGGUUGGUGGUGAAAGCCCUGGAACUCUGUAACGAGGAACAAAAGAAGACUCUAUACGAGAAUUACGGAAAAGAGGAUCCUGCUUGUGUAGCGAAAAUCAAAGAGCUUUAUAACACUCUCAAACUUCAGGAUACAUAUUUGGAGUACGAGAGCAAGAGUUAUGAGAAGAUAACCAAGUCAAUUGAAGCUCAGCCGAGCAAGGAAGUGCAGGCAGUGUUGAAAUCAUUCUUGGCAAAGAUAUAUAAGAGGCAGAAAUAGGAACUUGACAGAAACCAGGUUAAAUGAAGAGAAGCCGGAAGACACCC